AUGGCCAGGUCUGAGGAUCUUGCUUGGAUUAUUCCAAUUUCUAUCACUGCUGGAAUUGCUGCUUUAGCACUUGCUGGAGGACUUAUAGUAAAAUUCGUUUUCAAAAAGUCUCCCCACAAGUACCUUCAAGGGAAGAGUAUUAAAUUGCCGUUGCGUUUAGUGGAUAAAGAAGUACUCACUCAUGAUACUAAUCUCUAUACCUUUGGUUUUCCAAAUCAAGACACCAUCCUUGGCCUCCCAGUCGGUGGGUGUGUUCAGCUUCACGCCAGAAUUAAUGGGGAAGAUGUUAAACGACCGUACACUCCAGUCACUUUGGAUGACUUCAAAGGAUAUGUCAAGUUUGUUAUUAAGACGUACAGAAAGGACGUGAAUCCAAAGUUCCCAGCUGGUGGGAAAAUGUCUCAGUACCUUGAAACCCUUUCUGUUGGCGAUGGAAUAGAUGUUAGUGGACCCUUUGGACUUAUUCACUAUCUCGGAGAUGGUGAUUUUGACAUCAAGGGAGCAAAUCUUCGCAAACUGAAGGCGAAUAACAUCAACAUGAUUUGUGGUGGUUCUGGACUGACUCCAAUAUACCAGAUUCUGAAGCAUAUUCUCAAUUCCACCACAGAUAAAACUAAAAUAGCCCUAGUUUUCGCGAAUGAGACCGAAAAGGAUAUAAUUCUUCGAGAUGAAUUGGAACAACUGCGUGAUGCUAAUCAGACUCAGUUCCGUUUGUGGUACACUCUGACCUCUCCACCAGAGAAUUGGAGUUAUAGUGCAGGGUACAUUGAUCAAGGAAUGAUAGAUAAGCACUGCUAUCCGGCUGGAGAGAAUACAGUGAAUCUACUCUGUGGUCCACCCACGAUGAUCGAUAAUGCCUGUAUUCCAGCAUUGAAGUCAUCAGGCCACACUGAUGCAAAUAUCCUCACCUUCUAG